AUGGAGGAGUCAUUCAUCAUUUCUCCAGGGAAAGAUCACGAAAUUGCCAGAGAUUGCCUUGUUCGCGUAGAAGGCUUUAGUGUUAUUUCUGACGUAUCAGACAAUAUCGGCAAGAGAUUAAAUAUUUUUGCAGAGAUAAAUACUAAAACAAGAGACAAAAGAGAAGUUCAUAACAAAAUAGUUAUUGCAUCAUUGAUUCUCGGUAAAGAUUGGGAGCAUGAGGCAAAUUUAAUGUUUUCACCAUCUGACAACGCAACAUUAACUUGUGAAGGCCCUAAUGUUGACGUUCAGUGCAUUUAUACACAACACGAAGCAUGA